AUGCCCUGGCGGGCCGGAUGCACGGUGCUGCUGUGCCCACCGCGCCUUGCCGCCUUUGCCUCGACAGAGUUGGCACACCCGCUCCCUACCAGGCGCCCGCCCGCCCACCCGCCCUCGCACGCAACAGAGCGGCGCCUCCGUCUCGCUCCCGUCUUCGAGACCUCUCUCGUGCUCGCCGCCAUGGGGCCGUCCGCGUCCGAUUCGCUGUCCGCCUGCCUGACGGACAUGCAGGUCGUAGGCGCUCGGCGUCUUGCUGCACGCCGCCUGCGUCUGGCUCUGCUGCCUCUUAAUCCCAACGAGGCCCCAACGGCGACCGCCUCCCCUCUUCUCGCCUCAUUCCUUGUUCGCCAUAUCCGCCUUGGUUGGUACCAGCUUCUAUCUUCCGUUGACGACGAGUGUCGCGAUCGGGAACGACUCGUCAUGCUUGGAGCUUGA